CCGUGAACACAGCGUUCAUCGUUGUGUUGUUGCAGUUAGCGCUAGCUGUGUUUGUUUAUUAAACAUGUUUUAUUGCACAAAUAAAUGCGAAGUAAUGGACUGAUUACAACGCGGAACAUAUAUCUUAGUUCUAAUGCGAUGUAGUUUUUGCCUUGUCAAUAUUUAGAUGGAAAAGCACUUGUUAUCAACUUAAGUGCUCUAUAGAGCAAUAACAUACUUUGGUUCGCAAACUAGAAAUGGGCUCAUCAAAGAAACACAAAGAGAAGGAAAAGGAACGGGAUCCAGAGGACCGACACCGCGAGCACAAGAAACACCGUCACAAGGACCGCGAUAAGGAUCGAGAGAAGCGAAAGAGAUCCCGCUCCAGAGACAGGAGCAGCCGGGCCACAGAGAAGAAGAGCCGCAGUAAAGGAGAGAAGAGCAAUGGAGAACCAGGAGUCAAGAAAGAGAAGCUUGAUCCUGCACACGUGGAGAGCGGCGAGCCUGGUCCAAAAUCUGCAAGCGGUGAUGCUUCACUCAGCAUUGAAGAGACCAAUAAAUUGAGGGCCAAAUUAGGCUUGAAACCCCUUGAACUCAAUGAAACCAAGAAAGAGGCUGGAACCAAAGAGGCGCCUCUCCUGGCUGAGACCAUCAAUCCUAUCCACAUCCGACAGCAGGCUGAGAUGAGAGAGAAACUGGCUGCUCUCAAAGAGAAGCGACUGCUGAAUCAGAAACUGGGAAAGUUGAAGACACUUGGAGAGGAUGAACCAUGGCUGGAUGACACAGCUGCUUGGGUGGAGAAGAGUCGCAAACUAACCAAGGAGAAGGAGAUGGCAGAGAAGAGGGCCAAGCUCUUGCAGGAGAUGGAUGAAGAGUUUGGUGUGAGCAAUCUGGUGGAACAGGAAUUUGCACAGGAAAAGAGAGAAGCAUAUAGCUCAAGUGAUCUCAGAGGGCUCAAGGUUCAACAUAAGGUGGAGUCUUUCAGAGAGGGGGUUACAGUUGUCCUAACAUUACAAGACAAAGGUGUUCUGGAAGAGGUGGAGGACGUGCUGGUGAAUGUUGGUCUCGUGGACAAAGAGAAAGCGGAUAAAAAUGUGGAGCUUAGAAAGAAAAAGCCUGAUUAUAAACCAUAUGAAGAAGAGGAGAGUGUGGAUGACAUGAUCAUUUUCAAGCCUAAGUCUGUUCUGUCCAAGUACGAUGAGGAGAUCGAGGGGGAGAAGAAGAAGAGUUUCAGGCUGAGUACCGGUGGUUUUGUGGGGGGUGAGAGAGAACGUGAGCUGCAGGCCAUUAGAGAGAGCCUUCAGAGUCAAGCCCAGUCUCUGGACAUGCCUGCACUCACCCUCGCCUCUGAAUACUACACACCACAGGACAUGGUUGGCUUUAAGAAGACCAAGCGGCGAGUGAAAAAAAUCAGAAAGAAAGAGAAACCCCUGAAGUCAGAGGAUCUCUUGAUGGAUGACACUCGGAGGUCAGAUUUUGGCUCCAGAUCUCGAGGUCGAGGCAGAAGGCUAGCAGAUGAAGAGGGGGAGGAGCCUGAGGAUGUUGAAGUGGGAACCAGCAGCAAGGCAAAUGCACUUCAACAGUCAGAUGACAUUAGAAUGGCUGACAUGGACAUAAGUGAAGAUGAUGACUUUAGCCCUCUAGAGCCUACUGUGAUAGAAGAGGAUGAAGCAGAGCAGGAGCUCCAGAAACAUCUGGAGAAACAGAGGAAACUCAGACAGAAACGGAUGCUCAAUGACUCAGGACGAAGGGUGGCUGAGCACAUGAAUAGAGUAGGGUCAGCAGGGGAUGACGACAACGACCCGGAGAAAAAGAACAACAUCGUCUUCAACGCCACCUCUGAGUUCUGCCGCACUCUUGGUGACAUCCCCACAUACGGGCUGUCAGGCAACCGAGAGGACCAAGAAGACAUCAUGGACUUUGAAAAGGAAAAUGAAACAGACGGAGCUGGACAUUCAGACUCUGAUAUGGAUGACAACGUGGGCUGGAGCAGCGUCAACCUUAAUGAAGAGCAGAAACCGGCCGACUUUGCCACAACUUCCACAACUAUUUUGGAUGAAGAGCCCAUUGUGAACUCUGGUCUCGCUGCAGCUUUGCUUUUGUGCAAGAACAAAGGACUGCUGGACACACAAAUGCAGAAGAUGGCUCGUGUUAAAGCUCCAAAAGCUGUUCUGCCAAAUGACAACUACUGCAUUGAAGACAAGAUGAAUGUUGAUGACAAGUACAGCAGGAGAGAGGAAUAUAGAGGCUUCACUCAGGACUUCAAAGAAAAGGAUAACUACAGACCAGACAUCAAGAUUGAAUAUGUUGACGAAUCUGGCUGCAAGCUCACCCCUAAAGAGGCUUUCAGACAGCUGUCCCAUCGUUUCCAUGGCAAGGGCUCUGGCAAGAUGAAGACCGAGCGUAGAAUGAAAAAACAUGAGGAAGAAGUGUUGCUGAAGAGGAUGAGUAGCAGUGACACUCCUCUGGGCACAGUCGCUCUUCUGCAGGAAAAACAGAAGUCUCAGAAAACUCCUUAUAUUGUGCUGAGCGGCAGCGGAAAGAGCAUGAAUGCAAAUACCAUUACAAAAUAAAUCUGGACUCUGGGACCUAAAGCUUUCACAGAUGAUCUUACACAAAAUUAAUCUACUGCAAACUUUUUAGCUGUCUCUUAAAUUAAUACAAUGAAUUUGCAAAUAGUGAUGUAUAUACAGACAUUGUCG